GAGAUUGGUUAAGCCUGUUGUGUUUGUAACAUGUGGAACAAGGGUGCUCUGCUGCAGCCAUCCCUGUAUCGAUCGCCCUCUGGCCUGAUUUAGUUCAGACCUGACACAUAUUGACUAAAUGAAGGACAAUCUAUUUCACAAUCGAACCAGUCCAACGCUUCAUAAUAUCUCCCUCCAAAUAGAAGUUCAAAUGCUCCAGACACUGUCUGAACCAGACCUGCAGGAAGGAGUUUCUGGUGAGGUGAGGAUGUCUGGAGCAGAAACUUCCACCGACAGGGAGGAGGACUACAGGUUCCUCCACAGCAUGCUGAUGGAGAAGAAGGUUCACCUACUUUUUAAGAUUCACGAGCGGUUGAGACGUUUUGAGGAAUGGAGCCCUGUCCCUGUCCAGGAGCACGCAGCCAGUUUGGCCUCAGAAUUGGCAGAGGAGCUCCUUAACCAAGGCUGGAGAGAGGAAGUCAAAAAUCUGUUUGCCCUCAUUUCCAAACCCCACUUCAAGAACUUCCUGCACGUCCAUGACGCCGUGGCUCAGAGAGACUUUGAGCCAGUGCUGCCACCCGUCCCUGAUGAUGCGCUGGAGGACGAGGAAGAUUCAGUCAAAAUUGUCAGCCUGGUGAAAACCAUAGAGCCACUGGGGGCUACAAUAAAGACAGACACAUCCACUGGAGCUAUUGUGGUGGCGAGGAUCAUGAGAGGAGGAGCGGCUGAUAAAAGUGGUCUGAUCCAUGAAGGAGAUGAGCUGAAGGAGGUGAAUGGAGUUUCUCUGGAACGCAGAAAACCAAAGGAGAUCCUUCCUCUUCUGCUUUGUUCCGAGGGUGAUGUUAAAUUCAAAAUAAUUCCUGGAUCGUCUAAGGAGGACAGGAACACAGCAAAGGUGUUCAUGCGGGCUUUGUUUGACUACAAUCCCAUGGAUGAUCCUACAGUCCCUUGUAAAGAUGCUGCCAUGGCCUUUAAAUGGGGCGAUAUUCUUCAGGUUGUCAGCAUGGAAGACGACACCUGGUGGCAGGCCCGUCACCAUGGAGAUGGCAGCAGCUGGGCAAGUCUCAUCCCCUCAAAGCAACUGCAUGAAAAAAGAAUUGUACUACAGCGACCCAAAGCUCUGUUCAAGCCUCGGCGUGUCAGCCCUCCAGAUGAUGAUGAUGAUGAUGAUGAUGAUGAAGUUCCUCCAGUGACAGAGCAAGCAGACUAUGGAGCUAUAACUGGGAUCCACAUAGCUGGCUUAAGGUGGAGUUUUCGACUUGGAAAAAAAAGUAGCAACAGAUCCAGAAAGAGAGGUCAAAUUCGAAGGUGGAGCUACGAAGCAUGCAGUAGAGUCUGCAUCCCUACCUACAUAGAGGUGAUACCCUGCAGUAGUGAGCCAAAGGACAGAAGACAUCUUGUUGUCCUGGCUGGGCCAAGUGGUGUGGGUGUUACUGAACUGAAGAGGAGGCUGGUGAUCUCAGACCCUGACCGCUAUGGCGUCAGUGUGCCAUAUACUACACGCGAGAGGAGGAAUCAGGAAAGCGAUGGGGUGGAAUAUCAUUUUGUCUCAAAUCAAGUGUUUGAAGAACAGCUUCUGGAUCAUAGGUUUGUAGAAUACGGAGUUUAUAAAGGUCACUACUAUGGGACAAAUCUAGACUCUGUGCAUAGAGUGAUGGCUGAAGGCAAAAUCUGCCUCCUGGAUCUACACCCUAGUAAAAUAAAACACUUGUACAAUUCUAAAUUCCAACCGUACGUGGUGUUUGUGAAACCCCCCGGGAUUGAGGAGCUACGCCUGACCAGGAGGAGAGCUAAGUUUGUCUGUGAUGAAGGAAGCUUCAACAUGGUCAAGAUCUUUUCAGAGGAGGAUUUUGAGGACAUGAUUGACUCGGCUGAACUUCUGGAGAGGCAGUACGGUCACCUGUUUGACAAGCUGAUCGUUAACGGAGACAUUGCCACAUCAUUUAAGCAGUUGAAAAUGGAGCUUGAAAAGAUGGUGGAGGCAGAGGUCCGGUGGGUCCCUGCAGACUGGAAUGAUUCUACACCAACAAAACCAUGGAGGAGCUGCAGUUAUUUGACCAGUUGGAAUUGAACGGAGAUCACAGGAACAGACACUGGCUUUAAGAUCGUCCACUUUAGUUUCCACGUGAUUCGUUUAAACAUCUUGCCUAAUUGGCUAUCUCACAGUUUUACCAACAAUAACUCAUGAGAUCAUGAUGGUGUUUUACAUUUUUUUGCUUUUGAGUCAUAUUUUGAGCAUGUUUUCAACACCUUUGAUGUGUGUGCGUGCGUGCGUGUGUGUGUGUAAUCAAUUAGACAUCAUUUUUUCCUG